GAGAGAGAGAAAAAGGAGAUGUUCCUGUGUUAUAGUUUACAGAGCUUCGUCAAGUUAAAUGGAGUGAGGACGGAGUCGGAAGUUGGGGUGACUCACUAUGGAUACUUCAGUGUCGUCUCAGCUGGACAGCAGUUUGAACGACUCGAUGACAGACGGAGAGGAGAACGACAGCGAAGUCAGUUUGUCGCCUGCAGCCCCCUCUCAGGUGUUAAUGGCAGAAGAGUCUCCUGGUGUAACCGUCGUCCAGCUGUCUGACGGUCAGACUGUGCAAGUCCAUGGAGUCAUUCAAGCUCCACAGACCUCCGUCAUACAGUCACCACAAGUCCAGACUGUUGAGAUUGCCACUGCAGAGGAGAAUGAGGAAGGCGAGUCAGUCACAGACACACAGAAGAGACGAGAGAUCCUCUCCAGGCGCCCAUCUUAUCGAAAAAUCCUCAAUGAGCUUUCAUCGGACUCGCCAGCAGUUCCUAAAAUCGAAGAAGAGAAGGCAGAUGAGGAGGUGUCGAUCUCCAGCAACGCCUCAGUAUCAGUGCCGACCUCCAUUUACCAGACCAGCUCGGGCCAAUAUAUUGCGAUCAGCCAGGGAAGAGCCAUCCAGCUGACCAACCCUGGAGCUGAAGCCCUGCAGGGGGGACAGACCCUAACUGUUGCCAACUCCGCCACCCCUCAGCCUGGAGCCACCAUCCUACAGUGUGCAGCUCAACCCGGAGACUCCACUCAGCAGUUCUACCUCCAGGGAGGACAGGUGUUCGUCCAAGCUGCCACAGGAGACAUACCCGCCUAUCAACUGAGGUCACCCAAUUCGGGUCUGGCUCAGAGCAUCGUGAUGGCUGCGUCACCGGGCUCCAUGCAGAACCCGCCGACGCACCACGCUGAAGAGGUCACCCGCAAGAGGGAGGUCCGGCUGAUGAAAAACAGGGAGGCAGCUCGCGAGUGCCGCAGGAAAAAGAAAGAGUAUGUCAAAUGUCUGGAAAACCGCGUGGCCGUGUUGGAAAACCAAAACAAGACCCUGAUUGAAGAGCUGAAAGCACUGAAGGACAUUUACUGCCACAAAGCAGAGUAGUGGCGACAGUUCGUGGUCACGGGCUGAAGACAGAGCCGUUUACAAACUGCUACAGCAAAACAUAAAAAAAAGAAAAGACUUCUGGAACAAAAACUGCUUCGACUGUCUUUGUUUCUCUGCUCACUCAGGCCUGGUUUAUGCCGAAUUCAGAAGUGUCCCAGGGAAUUCGAAUCGCUUGAGCUUGCCAGUUUCGCUCUUGUCCUUAUCUCGUUCUCUUUGCAUGUGAAGACUCAAGUGUCGUACACACUAUGCUUGCUGUUGCUGUUGUGCACGGGCAACGCUAGCCAAUGAGAGCCAGCUGAAGAAGAGGAACAGGAAGAGGAAAUACAGGUGCUUCCUGAAGAUGUACAGAGUACAGAGUACAGAGAUUACGAAAAAGGACCAUUGGCGUGUCAGCCAGGUCUCACUACCAGCAAGUCUCUCUGAGGUCAGACGAGGUGCACAAAAAAGCUACGCGGAUCCACCACCAGCUGCAACAAGCUAACUCAACUGUGUUUACCUGUUAAUGUCAUUUGUGUCAUUUAUGCUUCUGUUUUUGGUCGUUUAAUGCAUUCCUUCAUGCAAAAACACAAUUAAGGAGAAAUACUUUCAAAAGUUGCAUUUUGUCAGUGAAGUGAUUUCCUGGAUUUCACCAACAACAUGUUUUUAGUUUGAAUUAAAGCUCUUAAUUUGGUCAAAAAGGUUUUUCAAGAAACGUGUGUUAACAGGAAUGAUUUCAAGGUAAAAACCCUCUUAAGUUUGGUUUUUAUGCACAAGACUUCAAGUAUGUUUCAUGCCAAGGUAGAGAGGAAAAACCUGAAUCAGAACCUGUUUAGUAAAAGUUAUUGAACAUAAGAAUAUAUUUUCAUUACUGAGCAUAUUCUAAUAUAUGAAUUGACAGAGAAAAACUGCUCUUAAGUCAAAGCACAUAAAGUACCAAAGUAUAAGUGCGUAUACUAUCAGAAUUUCUACAUUUACUUGAAGAAUUUCACUCCCCAAUCGUAUAUAUUCUAACAAAAAAGAAAGAAAAAAAAGAUCAGCAGAUGUUACCUAUUAAUAAUUAAUUUUAUCCUGAAAACCACAAUUUUCUAAGCAAACAUCUUAAUAUGACUCAUAGCUCAAAAGAAUAACAGUUGUGCUUCACUGUCAUGCAAGCGUCAGUUUUGUUUUUGAAAUGAUGGAUAUCCAUUGUGGAAUAAAACUGUAUUUGAUUAUGGCUAGAUAUUUUUAAAAAAAUGCUCUGUUUAAAGGGUAAUGCCAAUUUCUUUGCUCUUUUCUUGUUUUAAAAAAAAAUGUAAAGACAUUUUAUCUGAAUUAUAAUAUAUUAUCUUGUGUUAAUGUUUCUGGUGAUACUGAAAACCGCUUGCUUUCUCUGUUUCUGCUCAUGCAGUUGUCGAGUUUGUUCCACUGAAUAUAUUUUAUGGUUCAGUCUGUAGAAAGUGAGAGAACGUACAAUCAUUGAUGUAAGAGAUGUUUCCCUUCAGCUGCCAAAGCUCUCUAAGUAACAUUUAGGUUUUUAACUACUGUUUAGGUGAAUCAUGUGGCAGUGUUUAUGUGCACCAGCCCAAUAGCCUGUCAUGAUUUGCAAUCACAGACGAAUGAAUGCCCAGUCUAUUAAAUUCUACUUUAGGGCCGGUGAAAAUAAAAAUGUUUUGCCGUUUUAAGUGGCUCCAUCUUUUGCCAGGUGUUCUCUUUUCAGUGUACUUCCUUGUUUGAAUUGUAAAAGACAAAACUAUUUUUGUUUAUCUAAUAAAAUAUUCAAAUGUAA